GUCUCUUCCAGCAGCGCUGCGUGGUUUAGCGGCGUUAGCUUGUUAGACGCAGGUUUUUACCUUUUACUCCGCAGUGUCCCGGGCUUGGAUAAACGCCUGACGGUAUGUCGUACCACGAGGAGGAAGAGUAUGAUCCUUACAACUACACAAACGACUAUGACCUGCACACUGGUGACCCCAAGGCAGACCUGGCCUACGAGAGGCAGUACGAGCAGCAGACCUACCACGUCAUCCCAGAGGUCAUCAAGAACUUCCUGCAGUAUUUCCACAAAACCGUCUCGGACCUGAUCGACCAGAAGGUUUACGAGCUGCAGUCCAACCGCGUGUCCAGCGAGAGCAUCGAGCAGAAGAUCUACGAGAUCCAGGACGUUUACGAGAACAGCUGGAACAAGUUAACUGAACGUUUCUUUAAGACGUCCCCCUGGCCGGAGGCUGAAGCCAUCGCUUCUCUCGUUGGCAACGACGCCGUGUUUCUCAUCCUCUAUAAGGAGCUUUAUUACAGACACAUCUACGCUAAAGUCAGCGGAGGACCAACUCUAGAGCAGAGAUUUGAGUCGUACUAUAAUUACUGCAACCUCUUCAAUUACAUCCUCAAUGCUGAUGGCCCCGCCCCCUUGGAGCUGCCAAACCAGUGGCUGUGGGAUAUUAUCGAUGAGUUCAUUUACCAGAGCAUGUACUCACGGGUCCCCGAGUGUCAGAUCACCACGUAUUACUAYGUGGGGUUCGCCUAUCUGAUGAUGCGCCGCUACCAGGACGCCAUUCGAGUCUUCGCCAACAUCCUGCUCUACAUCCAGAGGACGAGGAACAUGUUCCAGAGGUCCACGUAUAAAUACGAGAUGAUCAACAAACAGAACGAGCAGAUGCACGGCCUCCUGGCCAUCGCCCUCACCAUGUACCCCAUGCGCAUUGAUGAGAGCAUCCACACCCAGCUGAGGGAGAAGUAUGGAGACAAGAUGCUGCGCAUGCAGAAAGGAGACCUGCAGGUGUUUGAGGAGCUGUUCAGCUUCGCCUGUCCCAAGUUCUUGUCUCCCGUGGUGCCAAACUACGACAACGUGCACCCGAACUACCACAAAGAGCCGUUCCAGCAGCAGGUGAAGGUCUUCGCUGAGGAGGUGCAGCAGCAGGCUCAGCUCUCCACCAUCCGCAGCUUCUUGAAGCUCUACACCACCAUGCCCGUGGCCAAGCUGGCGGGCUUCCUGGACAUGUCGGAGCAGGAGUUCCGCAUCCAGCUGCUGGUCUUCAAACACAAGAUGAAGAACCUGGUGUGGACCAGCGGCAUCUCUGCGCUGGACGGAGAGUUCCAGUCUGCCUCCGAGGUCGACUUUUACAUCGACAAGGACAUGAUCCACAUCGCCGACACUAAAGUCGCUCGUCGUUACGGAGAUUUCUUCAUCAGACAGAUCCACAAGUUUGAGGAGCUGAACAGGACUCUGAAGAAAAUGCCCGCCGCCACCACCACCACGACAUCAUCAUCGAGCGCCACCAGCCGAUGAGUCCGAGCAGACGWCCUGGUUGGUUGAGAAAACAUGAAAGCAGUUCCUGUUGUUCACCAGCAGGUGGUGCUGCUCAGCUGUUGGUUUUAUAUCAUGAAUAAAUGAAACGAAACCAG